GUAGUAUCACACGCGAACAACUGCCACGCGGUGCUUCCUGCUCCGUGCGAAGACAACGGAGGAGGGGGAAAGGCGAGCUGCUACCCCAUCCACCACGCGUCAUUUCCGGUAUACCCGCCACGACGGGGCGGUCGGUGUGUUCUCAACUCUCCCACGAGAUCGGCCCAAUGCAACGGGGGUCGUGCGCGUGUUCGCCCACGAAAACAACGACGGAGUGAGGUGUCCGCGUUUGAGGGGGGAGGAGAACAAGGAGAGGCAUCGUGCGUGGGCCGGCGCACCCUAGCAGAUUUACGAGGAAAGAGAGAAACAAAUCUCGUGGGCAAGGAGGACUGCGGGUGGUGGCGCGUUCAAACAACGCCAACAGCGGUGAGGGACCAAAAGGGGCCGUGCUGUGCUCCUUUAGGCUCACCUGGCGUUUAUUUCUUGGCGGGAGACAAGGGAGGCGGCAGCUAGCAAGCAAAGCUACCGCUCGCGGUUGGAUCUACCACGCUAGAGAUAAACGGGCCAGCCGGAGCACCCAAGAGCCCCAUAAAAAAAGUGGGGUGUGUGUGUUUGUGACUGCUCUACGCGGCGGUGACUGUAAGAAGACAUGGCGUCCAUCGUGAAGUUUAAGUUCAAGUCGGCGCGGGAGUAUGACUCGGUGUCGUUCCCGGGCACCGGCAUCAAGCUGCUGGACCUCAAGAGGGCCAUCGUGGAACAGAAGAAGCUGCACCAGGGGAUGGAGUUCGACCUUAACAUCGUCAACGACAAAACAAGAGAAGUACAAAGAAGACAACGUGGUCGUGACGAAGAAUACCUCCGUGACAGUGAAGAGAGUGCCUGCGCACAAGUCGGGUGGUCUGCUGUCCAAGAUCAAGGCCCUCGACGCCGCCGCCGCUCUACGCGCUACUGCUACUGCUACCACCACCACCUCUACCAAGUAUGGUUCAUUGCUCGACGCUAAACGGUCAUGUCAGUAUCGCUUGCGUAAUCUUGACAGCCUUACUUGUUGCACUUUUCGUCCUUUUUUUAUAACGUGUUCAUGUUCGUCGGGUCGUUGUCGUUUUGUAGGAGUGCUGAGGGUUAGAGUCGUUGUUUUUGUGAUUGUCGCUUUGAUUGGUUGGAGCGUGUUGUGUCGUUGUUGCGGUUCUAUCCUGAGCGCUAUAUUUCCAAAAUACACAAAGGCGAUCAGAGUGGAGGGGCGUGUACGCGUAAAUCAGUGACAGAAAUAUUCGGCGGUUUUUAAACCUCAACAUCGCCCAAAGCCAGCCUUCCGUGCGGGGGACCAACAACAGAAAAAUGUUGGAGGUCGAGACUACUGUGUGCUGCACGAAUACCGGCGGGUGUUUUGUGUAUUCGAUCCGCAUAUGCCAUAUGUAUCCGCAAGUUUAGCGGCGAUACACACAGUUAACGCAAUAUUUCAUAGUUUGUCCAGGGCCACAUGGGAGAAAGAGAGGACGGCUCGCUCCGCAAAACGAUUCCCCUGUUGCCGGAACACAGUUUUUUAUUUUAUUCAUCACGCACGCAUAGGUAAUGACGUGGAUAUCAAGCAACAGACGCCCACCACGAAGGCAAGCGUUGCGAUGAAGACGGUGUUGUUUGUUUUGGUCGCCAGGCAGUUCUUGCAAGCCCUGAACCGGUGUUGUCUGGGGUGUUGUUCUGCCUCUGAUUAUUUUUUGACGUGCUCGGUCGACGAGCGUGAUCGAUCGGUGUUGGUUCGUUGAAAAGUGUUUCUUCUCGUGUCCGUGCCGUACCUUUUUCGGGUCAGAGAGGAAGGUUUUGGUGUACCCUCCUGGGGUGCCUUGGUGGUGCCAGGUGAUGAAGGGUGGGGGGACUCUUCCCACGUUGGUAAUGUGGACAGUUGUAUAGCGGACCCCAUGUUUACCCUCCCGUCUGUUGCUCUUGGUUGUUUGCGUUCCCCGCUGCCGACAUGGAUAAUCGCGAGCAUUCCGUUUUGGGGGUGCGGGAGGGAUUGGGAGCCUGCUGGUGGCUGUGUGUCGCGCGGGCUGGUUGCCCGUUCCGUUGCGAUUCCUCUCUCUCGGCCUGUCUUGUUUUGUCCUUCGGGGUUGCAAACGUGAUGGUCGUUUCCGAUCUCACCCACCGCCCACUUGGGUAGAGACGCGAGUCUGGAGGCAAUUCGCUGGGCGCCGUUACUGUGUCCAGUGUCGGUCUAUCUGGGUGACCAACCGUUGUCGGCGGGCCCUUAGUUCCUUCGAACACGCGUCUGUUAGGCUUAUUGCUGCUGUUGGCUUUUCGGCACCACAUUGGCAUGCACGGGUAGUGGCGGAAUCGGGGGUGCGUUGCAAAUGAUUCGUCUCUGAGUUGAGAGUAAAGUCAAUGCAUUCCAGGGCGUGGAUGGACACUACCUCAAACUCCUUUUUUUUUCCGUCGCCUUAGCAACCGAGUCGCAUGCCAAGGCAUUGGCCGGGUGGGGGGGGGCAACCUGCGUUGCCUCAAGUCGAUAUCGUUUGGAUUUUGGCCCUGGAUAUUUUUGCAUGGGGACCAUAUUUCCACGCGAGACAGGCCGCGAGUGUUUCGUCUGACAGUGCUCGGAGAACCACGACGCCACGAGAGAAGGAAAAGAAGGAAAACGCACCGAGCUACAUAUCUAGCUUGUCGUGUCCGCGCCGGCGUGGGUGGGACACAGACACGAGGUUGCGUCAUCACUAAGUCACCUUGCGUCUAGUCGUGGGGCCCCUAGAGUUGUGGCGGAGCCCCUAGAAUCUUGACGGAGCCUAUUGAGGCUUGGAUGCCCUCCCUAGAGUCGUGACGGUGCCCCCUGCGAGUCUUGGCGCGGCCUUAUUCCAUGCCGACAGCUCUUGCGGGCGCUUUCACGAGACUCUUCGAGUGCCCCGCGUUGAGUGUCAAGUGUGCGUGCUGUCGUGUGUUUUGUGUGUCGCCUGUGUGGUGCCUUUCUGGCGCACCCCCGUCCUCUUGCUGUUUGUCGUGGCUGGCGGUAAGGCACAUGUGCUUUGCAGCUGAGGUGGUGCGUGGUUGGCGGAUGUUGCCGUCUACAGCUGCCCAGACUUUGUGAGCGUUGGUGUGUACGGCUGCUGUAAGUUGCCGUGUUUCAUGGUUCAUACGCAUUCCGUGCAUGGCAACAAGUGUGUUUAGAUACGUUUGACUUGUGUGUGUAAAUACGUUUAAUUUAA